AUGAAAAGAUGUGAAAGUAACAAUAAUGAACAACAAUCUUCUAGAGAAAGAAAACGAGCCAAAAAAUUUUCUCAAAGGAAUAUUGAAACCUUUGGAGAAGGCUCAACAAAAGCUCCCACUUAUACGCCAAAGAUAAUUGAUGUGCUGGAUUUUGCUGAAGCUCGAGCUUUUGAGAUAAAUGCUAUGAAUAAUGCUUUAGAACGUUCAAGUCAGGCGAAAAAUUCAAAAGUUUCACAAACACUUCCAAGACAUCUUAGACGUCGAGCAGCGAGCCAUAAUGUUAAACGAUUACCAGCUCGUCUUAGACAAAAAGCCACCGAGGAGAUGGAACAUGAUAAUACUGUUCAAAAAAAAACUAGCGGACAUAAAAAAAGAUAUUCAGGUACAAUCGCUGAAGAAUAUAAGCGAAGAAAAGCUAAUAAAAAAUGGCUAGAAACACAUAUAUGGCACGCUAAAAGAAUGAAGAUGAUUAAUAUUUGGGGUUACAAAUUGGCAGAACAUCCAAAUGAGAAAAGUGUAAGGUCUUCAUUUCGAGCAAGCGAACAUUUAUCCAUUAUUCAAGAUGUAUCAUAUUUCGAAUGGUUAAGUUUAUCAGGAUCAGAAGCUAAUAUCGUAAAACUUAUGAAUUCUGUAACAGACCCAACUUUGCCAUCAAUUGGAAGCCAGAGAUAUUUGAAUGGGAAAAGACAAUGCUUUACCUAUUUGUAUUCAUUUUUGAAAUAUCCAUCUCAUCUCAUUGCACCAAUAAAUCUAAUUUGGAAACCUUUACAAGAUUUUAAUCAAAGAACAACAAGGCAUAUUCUUAUUUGGAUACAUCCUUGUGUUUUUCAAGAAGCAAUUGGUACUUUGGAGAGUGCGAUCAAGAAAUUAGAAUUAAAUCAAGGUAAACUAAAAACGGUUAAUGAUUUUUCAUUGAAGAUUUUUAAUGAAAAUAAUUUUUCUUCAACAGAUUUAAUUAUUGAAAAUCUUCAAGAUGAAUUUUUAAUUUUCGAAUUAACUGGUCCAAGAUCAACUGCUUUAUUGCAAACAGUAUUGGAUGUUUAUGAUGGAAAUGAUGAUAAUGGUAACGGUACAAACAUGUCUAUUGAUAAAAAUCAACGAAUAGUACCUUAUGUCAAUAAAGAUGCUCAUAAUGCUUGGAAAUCUCUAAGUAAUUUACGUAGUGCAACUUCUUUACCCCCAGGAAUAGUUUUAGGCUUAACUGUGAUAGAUCCACGAUUAAAAUUUCCAAAAAAAGUACCAUCACGUUCAGAUACUAUUUCUGUUGAUUCUGAAAAUGCAAUUCAAAGAAUUUUAUUUGAUUGGCCAGAUAAUGUUGCAUUUUCUGAUAUAUGGAACAAUGAUUUGCGAAAAUCUUUACAAGAAAUUAAAGUUUCAGAAGGUAACCUGAAUAAAAGAAGAAGCAGGUUACUUGUACCAGGUCAAAAAUUACAAUUGACUUCAAAUGAUGCGCUGAUUCCAAUUUUAUUGAUUCAAAGAGAUUCAAUGAUUAAAGCAACGUCAAUAAAAGGCAAAUCUUCAGAAUAUAUUGGUGGAUGGAAUAUAAUUAUGCCAUCUGGUUGGGGAAUGGAUUUCUGGAAAAGUUUUGUAUUUGCUGGUGCAUGGGUUGGUGGACUCAGAGAACGUCAUAAUAAUCAUUUUGAGAAUGGAUUAAUAUGUUUCCCAUAUGAUUAUCCUGGCACUAAAUCAUAUGAAGAAUAUUCUAAACAACAAAAAUUGUUAUUAGAAUCGGAACAUAACAAAAGACCAUCAGCAAAGCGCCCAAAUUACAAAAAACUUUUUGUUGAAUCACCAUUUGAACCACCAUUUUAUCAGUUAACAGGACAUGUCACAAAAAAUCUUGCUGAUGUUAACAAUGAUAAUAAAAAGGUCGAAGAGGAAGAGGAAGAGGAGGAAAUAGAUACUCAAAAGCCUUUGUUAUUUCAUGGGUUGAAAAAUAUUAAACUAUUAGAAAAGUUUCAUUCUUCAACUAAUAAUUCUUUUAAAAAUACUUUUAUAAGUCAAAUAAAAAACUCAUAUAAAGAAAAAAAUGUUUGCUUAGUAGAUGAUUUAUCAUUUGAUUUAGAUAGAUUCAUUGUAUGUGUUAGUUUAAAUUUAUUAGGUAAAGGAGUACCGGGUUAUAAUGCUAUAAUUUAUAAGACUAGUCAAGAAAUAUAUGAUCAUUGGUCUAAUUUGUUGAAGAAUAAAAAGAUAUAUGAUGAAAUGGAUUUUUUUAAUGGGGAGAUGAACUAUGGAAGUAAUAUCAAAAAAGAUCAUAAUUUACUACCUAAACCAUCUGAAAUUAUUGGAUAUGUUACCACCGGAAAGUUUUCGUUUUCUCAAGGCCAUGGGUUUGCAAUUGGGUGUUGUUCUUUAAUUAAAAUACUUGAGCUUCUAAGACAACAAAAAAGUGAAAAAAGAACAAUAAAAAAUUUUGUAUUGGUAAGAAAGAUAACAAGUCUGAUUUGUCAACCUGCAACUUUAGAACUUAUCUCAUAA